UGCUACAGCAAAUAUAAAACGCAGCAGUCGUCAAAUUCAUCACAAGCAGUUUUGUCCUAAAGUGCUUUCUUGUAGAGCUGCGUUAUCUGCUGGAGAAGCUGCGUCAUUCGCCAAGGAGCUUUGUAUAUUUACAAACAGUAGCGCUCUCCUAGCAGGUUUGGAAGCAGAGAUGUCGACGUCUCAUUUGCUAGCAGUAGUGUUGCUUACAGCCCUGUUAACAUCCACACUUGCGGCGGAUUAUAUGUGCAGAAAAGACAAUAUAGAUCAAGUUCGAUGCAGUGUCCGUCAGGGAAACCGAUGCAUACCGAAAGGUUGGGAGUGCGACGGCACCCUUGAUUGUUCUGGUGGCUCGGACGAGUAUCCAUGUGGAUAUGCCCCUAACUACGUUUAUGUGUACAAAUACAGUGGUCAUCUAUCCUUUCCUCACAAGGACCUUAAUUUGAAAAUCAAAACAACGAUCAAGUUGAUAAAAAUCGUCAACGAUUUCAUCAUAAAGUUUGAAGAUCCCGUUCUAACUCAGUCGAAAAAUGACUAUACCAACUUAUUAUCCGAUGAGGAAAUAGCAUUCUGGAAAAAAGAAAUGAAGUUUAACUUCAAAGAUAAUGGAGAGAUUGGAAAUAUCUACUACGACUCAGACCAACCGCAAGAUAUUCUCAACAUGAAGAAAGGUAUUGUCUCGUUGUUUCAAAUCAAGCUGGAGACUAAAAAGGAGUCUAUGACGCAUAACUACGAAAACGUCGAGACUGAUGUCACCGGUAAAUGUCGCGUGAGGUACCGAACAGAACGAGAAGUAGUCCCUCCCUUGGGUAACUUCCAGAAGAUGUACAAGAUCAAUGUGACGAGGAUCAACGACUAUACGGACUGCGAGAACAGACCACGUGACCUGUAUCAAAAUAUGGAAUCAAUCAAAUGCAAUGAAGAACCCGGGUACAACAUUCCCAAGGCUCGUAUGAUGACGUCAUGUACCUUUUACAUCCGACAAGACAAGAUGUCCAAACAGGCUGUCAUCAAUUCCUGCGAGUCACAUGAAAGACAGGAAUUCAAUUUCAGAAGGAAGCCAGGAGAUUCGCCUUUUGUCAUGAUUACGGUCAGAAAACGACUCGAACUAGAGAAGAUGAUGGUAGAAUUGCAUCAGACUCCUAAAAUAUGGAACUCCAAAAGCUCAAUCCUCUUCAGUUUUGACGGUCUUUAUCAAAAGGACGAUAAAACUUCUAAGGAAAUACUAAACCAGGUGAAGGCAACUCUUGAUCGACUUACUCAACUAGUGAGUGAAGAAACAAAGGUCUGGGACCUAAUCAGUGCUGAGGCGCCCAGUCUCUACUCCAAACUCAUAGGUCAACUGAAAUGGAAUGUGGAUGAAGCGACGUUCAGAGAUAUAUACCAACAAUACUACAAUCAAGAUAAAUACAGAAUAUGGCUUGAAAGCGCGUUACCUUUUGUUGGAAGCGAUGCUGCCGGGGAAGAAAUCAAGGAUAAGAUAGAAAGUAAAUCGAUAUCUGGAAUGUCUGCCGUAAAACUACUGACACGACUCGGUAUGGUAAACAGACCUACCAAGGGAUUGUGUGGAAAUAUAAUGAAAUUGUGCCAGACGUCUGUUGUGGUUAGUGAUGCCACUGUCCAUUCGAGCUGCUGGCUCGCGUUUGGUUCACUGGUUCACUCAUACUGCAAGGAAAAGCAGACGUGUCCUGAUAUGUUUAUUGAGGCUAUGAAAAAAGAAUACGACACAAACUUGCACUCCCAAAAGCAUCACAUGGAAGUCAUCAAAGACAACGAAAAGCUCGUGGUGGCUCUGAAAACCAUUGGUAACUCAGGACAGAAAAGGCUGUUACCUCAACUGAUGAAGAUUAUAACCACAUGGGAUGGUCAUAAUGCCAUUAGCAUUGCUGCGAUGGAAGCCACACGACGCAUGGUACUUGAUGUUGCUGAUCAACGCAAGUUGCAACAGGGGCUGCGUGACAUUUUUGUAAACAGGUCGUUUUGUCCAGAGGUUCGUAUUGUGGCUUUCCAAGAACUGAUUAGAACUGGACCAACUAGGACUGACAUUCUCAUGCCAUUAGCCAACACGAUGAGAACAGAGAUCAACCCAUUAAUGAAACAGUUCGUCUAUACGUACCUCGUUACUCAGAGCAAAUUGAACUGCCCGGCAAAAAAGAGCAGGAAAGCAUCCAUUGAUUUGCUAGCAAGAACUGCGAACCUCCCUCGACCAGAUUUCGAGACUCGUUACUCAUUCUCCAAGUCGUUUGCGAUGGGAGGUAUACCAAACAUAUUCACCCAGGCGAUCAAUGUUGAAUCUGUGCACACUACGCUCAGCGGACUCCCCAGAUAUGUCAAGUUGAAACACUACAUGACACUAUUGGGUCACUACAUGGAGCACGUUGAGCAUAAAGCUCGGCAACGCGAGAUUGUACCUCUUCUCAGAAACCUCUUUGGACCAUACGGGAUGAUGGAAGAGAAGACGUCACUAUGGGACUUCAUUCGAGGAAAGAGAAGCGCAGAUGACGACGGAUUCCCUGAAGUUUACAAGAGAAUGAAAGAAAUGCUCGAUCCAAGCACGACAAGCGAACUACCAUUCAAGACAUCACUGUCAUCAAAAAUGUUCGGCUCAGAAAUUGCUUACUUGGUUCUGAACGACUCUCACACAUUCAUCCAAAACCUGAUAAAAGACGGCACGAUCAGGGUUGACAAAGACUGGUGGUCGAACUCCCUGAAAGCAGGAUUCAGGUUUAAUAUUAGCGCGAACGACAUUCUCUUUGAUGCCAUGAGGAAGAUCCCUACGUCCAUUGGAAUACCGCUGAAAAUCAAAACCAACACUGCAGGCAUCUUUUCGUACGGUCUGUAUGUUGAUGCCAAGACCACACCCAUGCUGAAUCUUCUGUCCUUGAGUAAUAAGCCAACUGACAUCUCGGCAAAUUGCCGGGAAUGCUACAGCUUAUCCACGUACUCUAUGACAAAGACAUACAUAUUCUACCGUGACCUUAAGCUUGGCUACGUUGUGCAUCAAAACAUGUCUCACCGUUGUCCUGUACCCAUCGAGAAGCUCACACUGAAUGGGCAACCGCCAAGCCGAAAGUACACUAUCGGUUCAAUCAUGAGCAAGAAGAAGUAUAACUUCUACGAUUCAAGCUCUGCAUUCUACCGCUUUGUCAAGCUGGGAGGUGAAUUCAAGAAGUACGACAAAGUUAAAUGGCAAACACCUCAAGUGUCAGUUUUACCUGGUUUUGGCGUACGUACAGGUGGAAACUCUGGUGGUCUUCAAAUUCCUGGUCUCGGGCAAGCUCAGGGUGGUGCAGGACAAGGUUCUGGUGGUCCUCCUCCAGGUUGGGGCCCUAAUGCAGGUGCUGGACAAAGUUCUGGUGGUCCUCCUCCAGGUUGGGGAGCUGCAGGGGGUUCCGGCCAUCAGUCUUCUGGUGGUCCUCCUCCUGGUUGGGGAGCUGCAGGGGGCGCCGGCCAUCAAUCUUCUGGUGGUCCUCCUCCAGGUUGGGGCCUUAAUGCAGGUGGUGGCCUAAGGUCUGGUGGUACUCCUCCAAGUUUGGGCCCUAAUGUUGAAACAGUUGCGGCUUCUAGUGGACAACAAACAUAUACUCCGCCAUCACGAUGCAUAGAGGCUUGGAAUGAUUCUAUGAAGGUUUGCUUUAAGACAGAUAAUGAGACGGGUACGCAAAUGUGGUAUGAACCUAAUAGCAGGAAAAUUGAUGAAAUACAGAUAAAAUACCAGAACAUCACCCAAGAAAACGAUGAAGAAUUCAAAUACCUGUUGGAGUUUCAUGUUAACGGAGAAAAUGACACGAAGAUUGCUGAAUAUCACAUGGAGUUGAACACAACAAAGCCACCUCAGAACCAGCCACAGGUAUGGGAUCCUUUGUCCGACGGGCUUGCUAAUAACUUCGGCGGAUUUUCUGCCAAAGCCUACGAAAAGAAACAAGGAGAAAUUACCUACAUGGCUUGCGUUAAGAGUGCGGCCGAUGUCCCGGGCAUGCGAUGGGACUUAGGAAUCAGAUGGGGUAAGACAUGUCAAAAGCACAACAUCAACGUGAGCUCUGUUCUAAACUACGAAAAUGGGAAUCCAAACUUGAACAUUUCUUUCGAAUGGGACCACCUUCCCGUCAUGAUUGAACGAAUGACGUGUCCACGAAAAUACUUCGAAGAAAUGCAGAAAAAAAUGCUUGAACAAAUGCGUAAAAUGCGUGAACAAAUGGAAAAGAUGAAAAAGCAAAUGGGUUCUAACGCAGGAAUGGGAGCGUCAGGUGGAAGGCCAGGAAGCGUAGGUGGUGGACCUGGUGGUGGAGGUGGCGGCGGCAUGGGCGGUGGGCCAGGAGGAAUAGGCGGUGGGCCAGGAGGAAUGGGCGGUGGACCAGGAGGAAAGGGCGGUGGACCAGGAGGAAUGGGCGGUGGACCAGGAGGAAUGGGCGGUGGNCCAGGAAUGGGAUUUGGUAAUGGAUCUGCUGGCUUCCCAGGCAUUGGAGAGAUUCCUUGCUUCACGAGCCUUAAUUUCAAGCUAUCCUUGAAAAAUUCAACCACCUUGGAACUAGCUGGGACGCUUAUGCCUCAACCCGUUACUUACCAACUGCCCUUCAAUGGAACAAAGGUGUUUGAAAAAACCAAGGACGUCAUGUUGUACGGAAUUACAGAGACAUGCAACGUUCUUCUUAGCAAUGAAAUCACUACUUUUGACAAACGAACAUACACCUACGACCAAAGCAAACGCUGCCCACACGUCUUGGCUAAAGACUGCUCCAAGAAAGAUUUGUUCACUGUGUUUAUGAACAAGGACAAUACUAACCAAAAGAUCUACACACUGGUAAUCAAAGACAAAAAGAACAAAGGUCAUGUAUUUGUCAUCAAACCUGACAUGACUGUGUUGCAUAAUGGCAAGCUGGUGCAAAUUAGUGAAGGCGCUGAAGUAGACUUUUCAAAGAUUUGCAGAGUGUUCAAGAGGUCCAGCCAACUAGUAAUUAAGUGCAAAGCAGGAGUGAUACUGGAAGCUCGUGGUGGUGAUCUAAAGAUCAAAGUAACACCUUGGUAUUUUGGUUACAUGUGUGGAAUGUGUGGAAACUUCAACUGGCAGUCAAAUGAUGAUUUCAUGGCUCCACAAGACUUUGAAAAAGAAGCAAACAACGAGACUUUUGGCACUUCUUGGCUUAUUCCAGGAGAGGGGUGCAACUCAGAGUGUAAACUUGUCUAUCGUCCUGACAUCCAAAGGCCAAGUGGAAAAUUGUGUGUCAGCAGAAGGCCUGUGACACGCUGCGCUCCAAACUGUCAGCCUACACGACAAUCAUCUGCCAAACGUACCUACCAUUGCCUUGAUAAUGGAACAGAUGAAGCAAAGAAGGUAGAGCAGCAGAUCACUGAUGAGAAAUUUGAUGAAAUAUUGAAGGCUUUUAAAGGAAAAGAUAAAGAUAUGGAAUCACAAGCAGAUGAUCAUGUAGACUGUCAAUGUACAUGUCCUGCUUCUUCUCCUUAGUGUCAUGUCAAUACCAAGACAUCACACCCUGACCAUUAAAUAAACAGAUACAACAUAUGAAAACAAUGCAUGAAUAAAAGAUGAAUGAGCAAAACUAUGAGGAAAAAACAACAAAAUAUGAAUCAAAAUAUAGAAUACCUUGAACUCAACCCUUUUAACUUUAAUUUAAUUUAAUUUCUUUUAAUUACGUGUUGUCAUAAAUAUUUACAUUCCUGAGUUUUAGCAAGCAAAUUAUAAUGCCUACAUAGUUAGAACAUUACUCACAAAAUCAAUGGAAAUAUAUGCUCAGUUAAAUAUUGUGUAGACUUAAAUAAGAUUGAUUUUAAAAAACAUUUUCUUGAAGACAAUCACCAAACAUCUGAACUUUAAGCCAUCACAAACCAUUAAAUAUUUGACUUUCUAUUCAGCAAAGAAAUUAUUUUCUCUUUUCUUUCUUUAUGCAAAAAUCAUGAUUAUAAGCAAAAUAUGUACUCUUGAUUUUAAAUAAAAAUAUUGCUAUAA